AUGAAGGCUCGUCUUUUAUCCAUGCGUUCCCUUGCAUCCAUGCGUUCCCUUGCAUCCAUGCGUUCCCUUGCAUCCAUGCGUUCCCUUGCAUCCAUGCGUUCCCUUGCAUCCAUGCGUUCCCUUGCAUCCAUGCUUCUCUGCCCUCCCUUGACGUCACUUUCUUGUCGUCUCCGCAUGGGCCGGGGAUCCCCAGAGUGGCAGCAGCAUCUGCAGCGAGUGCUGCCGCCUCACGCCCUGCAGGGCCUGCGCACAGCGCUGCUGCUCGUGCCCUCGCGCGCCCAGCGCCUCGCUGCAGACAAGGCGUGGACGAGGGCGCAGCGACAGCUGGCAGGGCAGCAGGCCGAGCAGCAGGCAGAGCAGCAGGGGAUGCAGGAAGGGAGAGGUGGGGGAAAAAAGCAGCAUCAGGGGCAAGCAGCGGCUGUGGUGGGCGUGCAGAUUGCUGUGGCAGGCCGGCCCAGUCUUUCCGGUGGCUGUGCUGGCGCCGACCUGGUGUUGCUCUCCGCGGUCUGCGCCCCCCCUGCUGCGUCCGCCUCCACACGCGCCCUUCCAGCCGUCUGGCCUCCCUCCAGGUCGUUACUGGGCCUGCUAGUGUUGCUACUCAUGAUCCGCGCUGCUCUCUCAACCCCGGCACGUGUCCUCAUCAUCUUGGGCCACGAGGGCACCCUCUCAUCCGAUAGUGCCACGUGGCGCCGUGUCAUUGGCCACACCAAGGCCCACAGCAGGUUCUUUGAUGCAGAGCGACUGGGCGAGGCACUGAGGAGGGCGGUGAGGGCAAGGCGCGCGGCAGUGGACGAGAUGGCGCAGAUGCUGGGGGAGGCUACUGAAUUCGCGUCUGGGGGGGCUGUGGGAAGCGUCUCUGGAGGAUCCAUGCAGUGGCAUGAUCUGCUGUGGACGGGUCUGUUUUCGCCAUCAUUUGGAGAGGCUCUGGAGCGGCAUGAGUCUGCGGAGGUGCUGCUGCUGCUGUGCCGCAUACUGCAGGGACGGCAGGGCAGGCGUGGGGAGAAUGGCGGCAAGGCGCUGCAUCGCUGGCUGGAGGGCGGGGGCAGGGGGGCGGGGCGAGGGCGGGAGGAUGAGCUGUCACGGCAGCUUGGUGACAUCGUGCAUGUGGAUGUGGUCGGCGACCUUUGUCUUAUCUGGUCAACCGAUGUGUGCCAUGAAACGCUCAAGCAGGUGGUGAGGUUGUGGGCGCUCGUGCCGGAGAGCCAGUGCAGGCCAUGGCUGCACCGCAUAUCCGCCCACCUCACCUGCUACUCGCCUGCCUACCUGCACUACUGCGCUCUGCACCAGUACACAUGCUCCUCCUCACCUCGCCUGCGCGUGCCUGCUGCUGUGCAGCAACCCGGGAUACACUGGUGGCGCCCUCCCUCAGAGGCCCCCACCGAGGGGGCAGGGGACGCAGGGGACGCAGCGACACCACCAAAGUUCAUAGCGCUGCAGCCCGCCAUGGCACUCGCGCUGCUGGCGCAGGGAUCAGGUGCGCUCAGCGGUGCGCUGAGCCAUGUCCCCUUUGAGGUCAACGCGGAAGAGCGCGCUGCUGUCACCUGCCCCUCCAGCCUCGUCCUACAUGGCCGCUCUGCCCCUACAUACCCCUCCCUCACUCUCUCUCCCCAUCCCCACUCCCAGGCACGGACAAGACAACAGUCAUAUUCCACCGAGUUCUGCACCUGGACCGUCUCUUUGAGUCGACUCGAUAUCAACUCUCCCCAUUCCCACUCCCUCCCAGGCACCGGCAAGACAACAGUCAUACUCCACCGCGUGCUGCACCUGGACCGGCUCUUCCGCCUCUCUGCCCUCCCGCCCCACCUGCUCCUCGGACUGCCUUCUCCUGCCAACGCUUCAAUCACCGCACAGGGUGACGGCGUGGGUGAUGAUGUGGGGGAUGGGAGCGGGGGCGGGUUGCGGCAGGUGGUGUUGACUCGGAGCCUGCACCUGUGCGCGUCCAUUCAGACUGAACUCGUGAAGGCUGCACGGGCGAUAGCAGCCCUCGAUGCUUUCCAAGCCGGCUCGCCCCCGCCACUCCCCCAAGCGGGUCAACAUGCGCACGGAGCACAGGCAGCUGUUGCAACAGCCGGUCAACGCGUGGGGAGCAGGAGCGGCACGGGCAGCAACAGUGGCAGCGGCAGCAGCAGCGGUGGCAGGCUGUUAAUGCGGGAGGACCUGGAGAGCGCCCUUAUGGGGGGGUUGCCGCUGUGCAUCGCCGCCAUUCCGCCCACCGCGUUCCCCCUCGCGCUCACCCUCUCCAAGCUGCUGCGCCUGCUCGACGCGUCCGUCUCGCGCCCCUUCCUGCACUCCACGCGGCGCCGGCGCCGGCAGGAGGAGGCGAGGCAGCGCCUGGUGCUGGCCAUUGGCGUGAGUGGGCGGGGCGUGAGGCAGGCGUGGGAGGAGGGGCAGGUUGAGGGCGCGUGGAGUGGCCGUGUUGAGAAGGACCGGUGGGAGGCGAAGGGGGGCAGUGCGAAAGGGGGCAGUGCAAGGGGGGAAUGGAGGCGAGAAGGGGAGGGCUUGGGAGGAGGCGAGUGCAGCAGGAGUGGAAGAGGGCGGGAUGGCUGGGGAGGAUGGCGGGAGCAGCGGGUGAAGGGUGGAAAGGGGAAAGAAGCAGAGGAGGAAGGAGAAGGAGAGGAAGGGGAGGGGGAGGAGGACGUGGAGGUGGAUUAUGAGCGGUUCAGGCGGCACUACUGGGCGCACCUGGACAAGCGAGCCACCAACAGAGCUGUGAUGGAUGCGGCAUUCGUGUGGCGCGAGAUCAGCUCUCACAUCAAGGGCAGCCUGCAGGCGAUGCAGUCGCUGCAGGGGCAUGUGGGCGAGGAGGAGUACGUGGGGGGCAUGGUGGGCAGCAACGAACGCACGAGUGGCAUGAGAGGGGCGGACCGGCAGGCGGUGUAUGAUGUGUUCCGGGCGUAUGAGAGGAGGAAGAGGCGGCAGGGCGAGUAUGACUGCGCGGACCUAGUGGGGUAUCUGCACCGCGAGGUGCGGCGCAUGCGGGCGAGCAACGAGCCGUGGUGGGCUGUGGAGGAUGGCGUUGCCGUGGGUGGUGCAUCCAGCAGUGGCGCCAGUCGCGAUGGUGCCAGUCGGCGCACCACUGUUGGAUGCACCACCACUGGCAGUGUGCCGUCACAGCCGUCACAUGCACCACAGCCCAGCGGGUGCGUAGGUGCUGUGUUUGACUGUGUGGCGGUAGACGAGGUGCAGGACCUCACACAGGCACAGCUCGCGCUGCUGCCGCUCCUUUGCUCCAACGUUGCUUCUGGCUUCGUGCUCGCGGGUGACACGGCUCAGUCCAUCGCUCAUGGGGUGGACUUCCGCUUUGAAGACCUUGCCCGGGUUGUCUAUAGCGAGUUUCUGAAUAAAGGGGAUGAGUGUGGCAGGGUUGGGGGGGAAAGAGGGGAUUCAAUGGUGGGAAAGGGUGGCCAGCAAAUCUGGGAGAGAGGCGAGGGGCGGAAAGAGAGGAGCAGAAAGGGUCAGAGUAAGAUCAGCAAUCCUAGCAGCAGCAGCCGCAGCAGCAGCAGCAGCAGCAAUGCAGCGUCUCACCAGUUGGUGAAAUCUCUCCCCACGUUUCAGCUGGUGCGCAACUACCGCACUCACAACGGAGUGCUGCGCCUCGCAAACAGCGUCGUGCAGCUUCUGAAAAGCUUCUUCCCGCUGUCCAUAGACCGGCUGCAUGAGGAGCUGAGUACGGUGGAGGGGUGCAAGCCGGUGCUGGCGGCAGUUUCCUCCUCGUGGAAACACCAGCUCGCUCAGGGCAGGCCUCUCAGCGCCACUCAGGACGUACUACUUUUCAACUUCUUCACCUCACCGCACUCCACGGCACCCUGGCAUCUCGUGUACACCUACAUGCGCAGCACUGGCCUCUCACCGCGCUUUGGCGCCAGCCUGCCUUGUCGCUGCAGCACCAAGGGCCAUAGCAGCUGCAGUCUCUGCACUCUGGAUGACCUCAGGCACUGGUCGCUGUGCUCCGAGUUAAAGCAGCUGUACGUGGCAAUAACGAGGGCCAAGCAGAGGCUGUGGGUGCUGGAGGAGAGGGGGGCAGGCGAGCGUACGCCCAUGGGAGACCUGUGGGCGGCGAUGGGCAUUGUGGCAGUGAAGGAAGAAAGGGAGGUGUGCCCGGAGUAUGUGAAGCGUGUGUCCAGUGAGAAAGACUGGAAGGCGCUUGGCUUUACUUUCUUUCAAAGAGGCGAUUACGAGGCAGCUCGGGCGAGCUUUGAACGGGCUGGGGACACGGGCAACGCUCGCUUCGCUGAAGCCACCAUGUUCUAUGAGGCGGGCAUAGGGUGCACAGCACAGCCAUCUGCAGCCGCCAUUGCUGUAUCAACCUCCUCUGCAUCAUCAGCCUCGUCUGCGCUGCCCCCAGUGCUCCCGGACCUCUCUCUGCUGUCCUGCACCGAUCUGCUCCUGGCUGCGGCUCGUUGUUUUGAGGGCAUCAAGAGGGGCUUGGAGGCAGGCCGUGCGUAUGCCAAGGCUGGGUGCAAUGAGGAAGCAGGUAAGGGUUGUUUCACGUAUGCAUGGGGCGGUGAAGCACGUGCCUAUCUCACGCUCUGCCAACCUCCUGACCACGCCAACGCUGCACGGUGCUUCGAGAAGCUAGGCAGGUUCGCCGAAGCAUCUGAUUGCUACAACGCCUUGGGCGACAGACCCAGUGCCCUCGCUGCGUGCCUACGUGGCAGCAUCUUUGCCAAGGGCCUCUCACUGCUCGACAGCUGGCAGGCAGUGGCGUCUCACCAGGCCACGUCAGCACCGGCAUCUCACGGGGCAAGGCGAGAGGCACCUGAGGGAGCUGGCAGGUCUAGAGGAGCAGGAGGGCGAGGUGAGGCGGGUGCCGGGUAUACUGCUGAGAGCGGGAUGCUGCUGGAGGCAUGCACUCACUUGUGGAACAGGGGCUGGCCAGGGCGGGCCUUGGUGGCCUUUGUGCGGCACCUGCAGUGGCGGGUGAAUGCGGCGGGACUAGGGGCGUGGCGGGUGGGAAUGAGGAGGGAAGCAGGGGGCGGCAGCGAGGGGCAGGGGAGGGGCGUGGCGCUGAGCAGAGAGGAGGUGGCGAUGGCUCGGCGGCUGCGGGUAAUUGAAACGGAGAGUUUGGAGUUUGCAGACAGGAUGGAGUGUGAGGGGAGUGAUCUGGCGUGGGCCAAGGUGGAGAUGAGCGUUCUAUUGUUCGUGAUUGAGCUUCACUCUGAUGCUGCUGAUGCUGCUGAUGCUGCUGAUGGUGCUGAUAAUGCUGAUGAUUCUGCUGCUGCUGCUUCUGUUGCUGCUGGUGGUGAUGGUGGGAUCAGUGGCAAAGCAGGUUGUCCAGAUAGGCGUGUGUCAGAAGCUACAGACCAAGGGGCGGGGAGUGCUGCUAUGUGUGCAUCUUGUGUGGAGCUGGGCCGAGCAAAGAGUGCGGAAAGGGAGGCUCGCGUGUCGCAAGCGUGGAUGCUGGUAAGCCGGGGUCAGAUGCUUCCAGCAGGGCGCAUGGAGAUAGGCCCUCAGAGCGCUGCUGUAAACAGCAGAGCGAUAGGCCCUCAGAGCGCUGCUGUAAACAGUGGAGAGAGCAGGUUCAGGGGCGUGGAGCGGCAGAUGGUGGUGAAUGAGUUGAGCAAGGCGGAGUUGAUAGAGGUGGAGGAGCUUUGGGAGGGGGGUGACGUGCUGCGGAAGGGCUCGGAGCAGGUGUGGCGAGAGAGGCGGGCGGAGAGCAGCGGCAUGGAGCAGAGGGACAGCAGGGGUGGUGAGCAGAAGGGGCGUGUGGAGUGGAAGGGGGCGGAGCAGCUGCGAGCAGAGCUGAUGCUCGCUUACACCGGGCUGCAGGAGUCUCUGUGCUUGCUGCAGUGGGGGCAGCGCUGCCUGUUGCACUACCUGGAGGAGCAUUUUUCAGCUGAGCCUCACAGCAAUUGCCCCCGCCGCGAACCUGCUGCUCACACAUCUCAGCCUGCUGCCAACGCAACAGCAGCGGCUACAGCGUCAACGGCUGCAUUGACUUUUGAGUCGACUCAAAAGCCUGCUGCCAAUGCAACAGCAGCGGCUACAGCGUCAACGGCUGCAUUGGCCAGUCGUGCUGUCACAAUAUCAGCUGCAGCAGCAGCAGCUCUACAGGCGUGCAAUCUCCCGCGCCGUCCCUCUCUCUUCUCCACCACAAGGCGGCUCUCUGACUCCCACCUGCCCCACCUGCACGCCCUUUUCUCCCUCCUCUCCACCACCACCUUCCACCGCCGCAUCCUCUCCUCCUCUUCCCCCUCCUGCCAGAUCGAUGACAUGGGGUUGGCGUGGGCGCGUGGGGAGAAGGCUGAGAGGCUGUCCUCCACAGGGCGGAGCGGGAAGAUGGAGGGGAAGCAAGCUGUAAAGGCGGUGAAAGGGGUGUGGGAGAAGGAGUUUGAGAAGCGAUUGGAGGACACGAGGCGAGUGGUGUUUGAUGGGGUUCAGCUGUGCUCCUCUGCACUCAUAAGCUGCUCUGACAAGGUCACUAUGGCCACGUGCAAACAUCACAUGGCCACUGCUUCUGAACCACCGCUCUCUCUGCAUCAGACACCCUUCCCAUGCCCUUCUCUGCUCAGCCCCGUUCACACCCUCUUUUUCCUUUCUGAACCCUUCCUGUCGUUGCUCCCUGUCACCACACUUUCCUGCUCACGCUCUGCCUUCUUCCAGCCCUGUUCUCUCACUCCCACUCACAACCUCCUCACCUCCCUCCUCCUCCACCCCAGUCCUUCCUCCACGCACUCUCGCCUUCAUGCCCGCCUCCACCUCACGCUCCUUCAUCUCAAGGCUGCCCUCGCAGCCCUGCUGCUGCUGCCAGACAAUCGGCUGGAGAAGCGCAAGUCGAGGGAGAAACAAGCUGCCAGUGCUGAGGAGGGGAGUGGCGGAGCUGGAGGGGUGGGGGGAAGUGGAAGCAGGGGCGGGUGUGGUGGAAGCUGUGGUGAGGGUGAAGGCAAAGCGGGCGUGGGAUGCGAGAAUGGAGUGGGUGUAGCCUGGACCGCGCAUGGGGCAGCCGUGGGGAACACAGCAGGGCAACGUGUGGUUGGUGCAGUGCUGCAUGGCGCAUGUAUGGAGGAGACUGCUGGGCUUUCAGAGAAAGAGGCGUGGGGCAUCACACAGCUCCUGCUCGUGUCUACAGUCAACUCCUUUCCCGACCCUCGCAACCCUCCGUACUUCAAGCAACAGUUUGGCAGCUUGAAGGGAAAUCCUCUCAUGGCAACCUCUGUCAACGGCUUCUUUGAAUCACUCAGCACGCGAGCACUGCUGUACCAGCAAGCGUCCAACAUGUGGAACGUGCAUGGAGAUGCGGGACGGCAGGUUCCUGCCAUCUGCCUUGCGUCAUUGCUGCCUCCAUCUCCUCCUCCAUCUCCUCCUCUUGCUCUUCCCUGUCCUCCUCUUUCUGCUCCCUUCUAUGCUGCCCCCCCAAUCCUCCUCCCCGAUCCUUUAUCUGCGAUCUUCAACCUCCUGGCACCUUUUGCUGUCCACCUCGCUCGGCUCCUCUCUCUGCUGCUCCCUGUCUUACGUGCUGGUGCAACGGAAAGGGAGGGUGAAUUCAUUGGGCGGGCUAGGCUGGAGCUGGUGCGUGCGGUAGAGGCAAUGGGCAUUGACAUGGUUUGCCACUCACUCUCACAUUAUGAGAGCCACUGCUGCAAUUGGGGAAAGGGCGGAUGA